AUGACAACCACAACUACGACAGGGGAUGUUCCAGUGACCAAAUCGGCCAUCUUGGUCGCAUGGUCCUUCCUUGCUGCGAAUCCAGUCCUGGUUCCAGUCAUCACUCUCUUCUUGCUGCUGGUCGUGCGGCCGCUUUACAGACGCUACUCUUCGCCAUUGCGACAAUUCCCGGGGCCAUUCCUGGCGUCUUGCUCCAGAAUAUGGCGAAUGUGGAGUGUCUGGACAGGUAAAAACGAACAGCACUAUAUUGCAGUCCACAAGAAGUACGGACCCAUCGUUCGCACUGGACCAAACGAGGUCUCGGUCUCAUCGCCAGACGCUGCACUAGAUCUAUUCAAGACCGGCAAGGGAUUCCACAAGACCGACUUUUACGGCGUCUUUCCGCCCCCGGAGAAUCCAGAUAUCUUCACCGAAACUCGCGAGUCUGUCCACGGCGUCAAGAAGCGAUAUGCAGCAACUCCGUAUAGUUUGGCCUCGAUGCAGCAGUGCACGGAUCGCAUCGAAGCAACGGAGCAACUACUCAUCUCCCAACUGGACAAAUUCACCGAUGACAAUAAAGUUUGCGACCUGGGUGACUGGUUGCAUUUCUUCGCCUUUGACGUCCUAGGAGAAGUCGCCUUUUCCAAGAAAUUCGGCUUUCUCGAGGCUGGUGUCGAUGUGGACGGCGCUAUCAAGACGAUUGACGACUCGCAAUGGUACAACGGUCUGAUCGGGCAGGUCCCCUGGCUCGAUCAUAUCUUCAGACGCAACCCGCUUUGGCAAUUCGUUCCGUUCCUCGCCACCAAGAAUGCCCUCGUCACACGAACUGCGAUGGGCCAGCUUGAAAAGCGCAUCAACCCUCAAGGCGAAAAGGUCGAGUAUAAGGAUCUUCUCAACAGCUUGAUCGAAGCUCAGAAGCAGCAUCCCGAAGCUCUCGGCACUGGUGAUGUCUUUGCUAUUGCGCAUGGUGCCAUCUUCGCCGGCAGUGACAGCACCGCAAGCACGAUGCAAAGCUUCAUGUGGCAGGUGGCGUCAAACAAGCGUGUCUACGACAAGUUGAUGCAGGAGAUCCUGUCGGCUGAUCUGUCAGACAUGGUGACGUACAACGAGGCCCAGAAUCUGCCGUACUUUCAGGCUUGUCUGAAGGAAGCCAUGAGAAUCAACCCAGCUGUCGGACUGAACAUCACACGAAAGGUGCCGCCUGGUGGUGCUGAGCUUGGUUGUCAUAAACUGCCAGGUGGCACAGAAGUCGCUGUCAAUGGAUGGGUUCUGCACAGAGACACCAGUGUGUUUGGAGAGGAUGCAGAAGUGUUCAGACCUGAGAGAUGGAUUGAAGGCGAUAAGGAGAAGAUCAAGAUGAUGGAAAGGUGCAUGUUCCAGUUUGGCGGUGGUUCUCACGUUUGCAUUGGCCGACAUCUCGCCUUGCUCGAAAUGAACAAGGUUCUGCCCCAGCUCUUGCGACGGUAUGAGAUCCAGCUCGUGAACCCGAAUAAGCCGCUCGACCACCACUCGAGUUUCUUUGUCGUUCAAUGGGGCUUAUUGGCGUACCUCAAGCUGAGAGAAAAGGCUUAAAUGGCUCGUGUUGAGAGACGGAAGCGUGAAAGUUACUACUUGCGACGACCGUGAACGAUCAUAUUUCGAUGAUCGAAGCGGCCCUCAGAGUGCGAAGCAAUGCUUGUAAGGACACCACCAUGACCAAGAUGUACUUGGAGAGAGGGGAGCGCCUGGCGUCUUAUUCAAGGUGAACUGAGCGAAAAUUGGUGUAAGCUGAGGUGGCUGAGG